AUGGAGAGGGGUACUUUCAUCCUGGUCCUCACCCUGGUCGUGGCAGCGCAUGUUGCCCCCGCGGAGAGGAAGUGCCGGCUCAGCGGGCUGUGGAGGAACGAGCAGGACUCACUCAUGGAGAUUUCAGCAUUGAGGGAGAACGGGGACUUCCAGGGAAAAUACCUCACACGGGUCACCCUCUCUGGUGGCUGCGCCCACAUCUCCCCCCUGAAGGGCAUCCAGCAGCAGCCUGGCGAGGGGGGCUGGCCCACCUUCGCCUUCACAGUGCGCUGGGACAAGUUCUCCAAUGCCACCACCGCCUUCGCGGGGCAGUGCUUUGUGGAUUCAGGUGGAAAGGAAACACUGACCACCAUGUGGCUGCUGCGUGAAGCUGUCGGGUCCCUUAAGGAGGACUGGAAAGCCACGAGGGUGGGCAGAAAUGUCUUCACACGAAAACGCACCACAAAAGGAAAGAUCCUGCCGAGCUUGUCCCCAUCCUGUGAGGAUGUGUCUUUACCAGCCUCAUGA